CAAAUGUCGCUAGUAUCACCUGAAAGGAUCACUGUUGCAUCAAGUCAGCCGGCCUCUAAGCGAGCGCGCCGAUUUUCAUCGACCUGUAAAAACACCUGUUGCUCUGUCGCCACGUCGGCCUUGGAACCUGGCACCACCGGCCGAUUAUUUUGUUCUCCUAAACGGCCAGCAACUUAUCGCGGUCGUCGAAGGAUACCUGGUCUAUCUGUCACCACUGGUGACCCAAAAAGUUUGAAUGUUCAGUCUCCUGAUCAGACACACCCGAACCUGAUACAUCCUCGUCGAGCACUUCGCUCUAAUCUUUCACCUCUUCCUCUGGGCUUUGUGACCAAUCUCUCUGCACAUCAGCAAUCGCCAGUUACCGACGCAAAACUAGCAGAGAAAUUUGUCGUCACAAAGGUCAAGAACAACAGCACUACUUCUCCUUUUGCUGGCUCCCCUUGUUAUUUAGAUGGUGCCAAUAAGGAAAAUGCUGGCUCUCUUGGACGUCCGGCCGGCCGGUGCUCAUUUGGAGGGCGAAUGCCUCUUGAGAAACCGGCCCCAUCACCUUAUGCCCCUCUGCAUGUUUUCAAACGCUCGGGUAGCUAUAAAAUGUCAGUGGUAACUCCUAUAUCCUAUUAUUAA